AAUCACGGUUUACAAGCUGAGGAAAGAUAGAAUCCUACCAAUCAUACCCUCACCGUCAUCCUAUCAUCCAUCGCCAAGCAUGUAUGAAUACCACCAUUAUUGGUGACACCAUAUAGAGCUGCGAACACACUCGUCACGUCGUAGCCAUGCCGGCGACACUCAAGGAAAAAUUGCGCGAGUACUUCCAUACCGAGUACAGACCGGGCGAAAAGGCUUUGGUGCGCAAGAUCGAUUUUUUCAUCCUCACGUUCUGCUGUCUGAGCUAUUUCACAAAUUACCUCGACCGCUCCAACAUAAACAAUGCCUACGUCUCAGGCUUGAAGGAAGAGCUGAACUUCGUCGGCAAUGAGCUGAACCAGAUCCAAGCCGCUUUUACAGCGGGCUACGUAGUCGGCCAGGUCCCGGCGAACCUAUCGCUGCACUAUGUGCGGCCGCGCAUCUUCUUCCCGGCGUGCAUGGUGGUGUGGGCUGGUCUGACCAUGGUGACGGCGUCGGCGCACGACGCCGCCAGCAUCGCCGCCAUCCGGUUCUUCCAGGGCGUGGCCGAGGCCACGACCUUUGUCGGCACACACUACAUCCUCGGGUCGUGGUACACGGAGCGCGAGCUGGGGAAGCGCUCGGGUAUUUUCACUGCUUCCGGGUUGGCGGGGACUAUGAUUGGGGGGUAUAUCCAGACGGGGAUUCAGUCGUCUCUGCAUAUGCGGCAUGGGCUGAGCGGAUGGAGGUGGUUGUUCAUAAUCGACGGCAUCGUCACCCUACCAAUCGCCAUCUACGGCUUCAUAUUCUUCCCCGACACGCCAGCGACCACAAAAGCAUUCUACCUAACACCAGAGCAGAAAGCCCUUGCGCAAUCCCGCGUGCCGCCCGUACCUGAGCACUCCCCUUUAUCCUGGUCAUUCUUGCGAAAGGCGCUAACGUCGCGCUUCUUCUGGGGUUUCAUGAUCCUCUGGAUCAUCGCGGGCGAGGCCGAAUCGUUCUCCUCCAACGCCCUCCUGGCGCUGUACAUGAAGAGCCACCCCGUAUACGACUACACCGUGGCCCAGCUCAACAAUUAUCCUACGGGCGUCCCCGCGGCUGGUAUCGUGUCGACGCUCUUCUGGGCCACGUUGACGGAUUUCCUGGGGGGAAAGAGGUAUCUUGUGGGGUACUUCAUCGGGAUCACGGGGAUCGUGACUUCGGCUCUGAUCCUCUCGGCCUCGCACGGUGAUAACCCUGCACGGUCUACGCCUACCGUGUUCGGCGCGUAUUAUUGGGCGGGCGCCGUGUAUGCUUGUCAGGCGACGUUCUUUGCGUGGGCGAAUGAUGCCUUGAGGUAUGAUGAGCACAUGUUUCGCGCUGUCGUGCUCGCGGGCAUGAAUCUUGGGAGUAAUGUCAUUAAUGCGUGGUGGACGAUUGUGUUCUAUGGAGCUUCGAUGGCACCCUGGUUCAGGAGAGGUAUGUGGGCCAUGAUCGCAGUGUCUAUCGCCUUGGUGAUUUGGACAGCAGGCCUUUCGUAUUUCACGGCGAGACAUGAACGUGAGCGGAAGGUGAAGCAGCAGAGUCCCGAAGUGCAGCAGGACGAAGACGAUAAGGAGAAUAUGGCGUGAAAUUGCCUAGAAUGAGAUAUUCUGGGCGAGAAAUGUAUGCUUUCUGGCUGGAAUAUCGAAUCUCGAACUUGUCGAAAUGAUUCACAGUGGCCCAGACUAGUCAGCUUGUAUCUACAACAGUCAGUCAUGUCGGGCUUCAUCGUCAUACAAUCUAUCCGCUCAAGGCCUACCAUGCGGAACCUAGACCCUGUAACACGUUGAGAACAGGGAUAAUAUAGGCUUCCAAGGUAUAAAGUUGAUCAAGCUUGCAACUCAGAGUGACUGUACUCAAAUCACCUUCUCGCGCGGCCAGUUGUGUAGGGACUUACAGUAGC